AUGCCUGAGGCGCCAUCGGUCUCGCUCAGGACCCCUGACCGCGCCCAGCCGGCGCACCCAGCCCCGAUCCUAGGGCUCUGUAGGAACUCCUCAGGCACCCCCAAGCUGUGCCAGAUGUAUCCCAGGACCUCUGGGCUGCGCUCCGUCUCCCGGUCCCCGUCCCCCGCAGACACCGACCCUCCAGACGCCGCUGCCCCAUUCCGAGGACCCUCCCCGUCUCCCUCAUCCCGCGACCUUGGGAACUCCCGCCUACGGCCCGAACGCGGCUCCCCAGGCCUCUGCGGCCAGGCGCCCUCCCCCGGGGACGCCGGGAAGUGGCACGUCCCGCCGCCUAUCGCCGGGCGGCCGCCUGGUGCCCCGUCUCCCGGCGGCGGGCCCCUCCCCCGGCCUCCCCGGCCCCUCCCCCCGCCCGCCUCGCCUCCCUCCUCCCCGGCGCUCGCGCGCUCGCUCACUCUCUCGCCGGCUCGAGGGGCGGCCAGCAGCUGGCGCGGGCAGAGGCGGCGGCGGCGGCGCGACCGGGAUGGGACGGGCGCCCGGGCGCGGGAGCCGCGGCGGCGGCGGCGGCGGCGGGGGCCGAGCAAGUCGGGCCAAGUGCGGGGCCGCCGGCCAGGGCGCCAGGCGCUGAGCCCCCGCGGCCCCCGGCUCCCCGGCCGCGCACGGCCGAGCCCGAGAGAGCGCGCUGAGGCGCAGCCCGGGAAGCGCCGCCAGCGCCGGCCGCCUGCGACUGGGGAAGAGCGGCGCCCUGGGAGCGAGCCAUGA